AUGCACGGGGAACGAGAUCUCAUAUGCGGCCUAAUCAUGCCGACACUGCGCAAGCUAGCAGCCCGUGAACUCCAUGUACAUCUGACUGAGGUAGAUCUCCGAUGGGGAGUGCCAGAACCGGCCAUGCGAUCAUCCCUUGCCCUCCGCAUCUGCCUUGAACAAGCGGCCAGUUGUGAUAUCUUUACUCUGCUGCUUGGAGAACGUUAUGGUUGGGUCCCCAAGCAAGCUCUCAUUGACGGUCUGCCUCCAAAACUUCGUUCCCUUAUCCUUCGCUUCUAUAAGCCGGGUAUGUCCAUAACCGAAAUGGAAUAUCGUGUAGCUCUGUCUACGUCUCUAAAUGUGAUGAAUCAAGUGACGGGCGCAAAACGCGCUAAAAAUUUGAACUUUGCUGAAGCACAGAAGCGACGCAUAUUCGCCUUCCUCCGGGAUCCUGCCUCAGUCGAGUAA